AUGCUAUUAAUCUACGCCAUUGGCAUCGCGCUUAUCGGCUUCAUUGCCGUCACUAUUAUUCAGGCGCUGACCUCGCCAUUACGGUCUGUUCCAGGGCCUUUCCUUGCUCGGUUCACUCGUCUCUGGUACCUUUUCCGCGUCGUCAGGGGGCACUUUGAGGAUGAAAACAUCGCGCUACACCGGCGUUACGGGCCAAUCGUCCGCCUGGCGCCGAACAUGUUCAGCAUUGACACGCCAGAGGCCGUCAGCGCCGUGUACAGCGUGGGAUCCAAGAUGCCCAAGUCGGCGUGGUACGAUGGCUGGCAGCACCCGACCGCGGAGCGCGCAACCUUGUUCCCGGACAGGUUGCAGAAGCGACACGCGGAAACUCGGAGGCGCUUCCAGAAUCUAUACAGCAUGACUAGUCUGGUGAGCUAUGAGGGGUACGUGGAUUCAUGUACCGAAAUCUUCUUCCAAAGAUUCGACAAGCUUGCGAGGGAAGGGACAGCAUUUGAUCUGGCGCACUGGUUUCAGUGCUUUGCAUUCGAUGUUAUUGGAGACAUCACCUACUCGAAGCGCUUCGGGUUCCUGGAUCACGGCGAGGACAUCUCGGGUCUGCUCGCGGCGAACCACAAGCUCAUUGUGUAUGGAGCCCUGGUUGGCACUUUCCCGGAGGUGCACCCAAUUCUGUACCGCGUCAUGACUUGGCUGGGCAUCGGCGGAGCGGCCGGCCGGAAUUAUCUGCUCAGGUUCACACAGCAGCGCGUGACUCAGCGUCGCGCGGAGAUGGCCGCCGCCGCGGAGGCAUCCACAGACGAGGCAUCUGACGAGUACAAGCCGCAGAGCUUCCUCGACAAGAUGCUCGUCCAGAACGAAAAGGAUCCCGAAAAGGUCACGGACGAUCACCUCAUUAGCAUGUCGCUGGCGAACAUUGUGGCCGGCUCUGAUACGACCGCCAUUACGCUGUCGGCGAUCUUGUACCACUUGAUGCGGAAUCCGGCUGCGCUGGCAAGGCUGAGGGCGGAGGUGGACGAGUUGGAAAAGCAGGGCAAGCUGGACGACCGCGGGCAUGUGCGAUUCCAGGACGGCAAGGACAUGACGUACCUGCAGGCGGUGAUCACCGAGGCGCUGCGGAUGCACUCAGCCACGGGCCUGCCUCUGUGGAGAGACGUCUCCAAAGAUGGCCUGAUGCUAAGUGGGCAAUACUUCCCGGAAGGGACCACGGUCGGACUGAAUAACUGGUGCGCGCAUUACAACGAGGCCGUGUUUGGGCAGGACGCGCACGAGUUCCGGCCGGAGCGGUGGCUGGCAGAGCAAGACGAGGUGAAGAAGUUGAACGCCUACUAUCUACCGCUGGUGCCGAUGCUGGUCAGGAGGUAUGAUUUUGAGGCGGUUCAUGGAAACAACGCAUGGGAAACGAAGAAUCUUUGGUUUGUCAAGCCUAUUGAUUUCAGAGUCAAGGUCAAGCACAGAGUGUAA